AUGGUUGUCCCCGACCGCCUCGCCGGCGACGCCAGAGAGUAUAAGGACCCUCCCCGACGCCUCGAGCCCUUCCCUAUCUCGCCCAAAAUAUCUCCACCCACUCCCCUCUCUCCUCCUCCGCUUAUCCCCUCACCCAGAUCCCUUUCCCCUCCUUCCGAGCUCUGCCAUGGACGCGACGCCGAGACCGACGUAGCCGCAGCCACCACCGUCCCUGAACCCCUCCGAUGCGUCCAUGUCCCCUACGACAUCUACAUGGGCGGGCUCGAGCUGGGCGUCCCUGCAUCGAGCGGAUCGACGCCAUCCUCCUCCUCGAGCACCACCGCCUUCUUCUUCAACUUCGUCGUCGUCCUAUGCUUUGACCCCUCCCCGAGCAUGCUCUUGCACAACUACAGGUCCGAACCCGAGACCGAUGUCGCCCCUGUGAUUGACUACGUCGACGACGACACUUCUUCCUUCUCAACAGAGCUUCCAGAUGACGGAUCCCAGGAGCCAGAAGACGCCACUGAUGACUACUAGUACCCGGAG